AUUCACUAUUCACUAUUCACAAAUUGCCAGCAGGAGGGAACUGCCAGAGAUUGAAGUCACAGCAGGAGAUUCAAACAGUUUCUAAGAUCUGUUUAAUUCAAGAUCCAAUGGCAAAUGAAACCAGUGCUUCUGCUAUGGAAAUAGAAGAAUUAAAUUCAAACCAUGCUGAUCAGAUCAACAAUCCCAAAUUCUCUAUCAAUGUUUUGCAGCUGUUGAAAUCUGCUCAAAUGCAGCAUGGAUUGCGCUUUGGUGACUAUACUAGAUACCGGAGGUAUUGCACUGCCCGGUUGAGGCGAUUGUACAAAUCACUGAAGUUCACCCACGGGCGUGGGAAGUAUACCAAACGUGCAAUUACAGCAGUCAUAGUCACUGAAGUAAGGUUUCUUCACUUGGCUCUUUACACUGCUGAGAGAGCCUGGAGUCAUGCUAUGGAAAAGAAAACUUUGCGUGAUGGUCCUAAUGCACGGCAACGGAGCUACCUCAUUGGCAGAUUGAGAAAAGCAGUUAAAUGGGCUACAUUGUUUCAGGAAUUGUGUGCCAUAAAAGGAGACUCCAGGACUUCUUUGGAAGCAGAGGCCUAUGCCGCAUAUAUGAAAGGGAAUCUGUUGUUCGAACAAGAUAAGAAUUGGGACAUUGCAGUCAAAUGUUUUAAAAGUGCCAGGGCUGUUUAUGAGGAGCUUGGCAAAUAUGGAGAUCUAGAGAACCAAAUUUUAUGCCGUGAGCAUGUUGAGCAACUCGAACCAAGUAUACGCUAUUGUUUGCACAAGAUUGGUGAGUCAAAAUUGCAGACUUCUGGGCUUAUACACAUAGGUGAAAUGGAAGGGCCUGCCCUUGACCUUUUCAAAGCCAAAUUAGAGGCUGCUAUGGCUGAGGCUAGAGCUCAGCAGGCUGCAUCCAUGACAGAGUUCAACUGGCUUGGUCAUACAUUUCCAAUUUCAAACCCAAAAACUAGGGUUUCUAUAUUAAAAGCUCAGGAAUUAGAGAGAGAAAUCCAUGGUCCAGCAGGCGACUCUCUUCCAGCAGAGAAGAGACUUGUUGUGUUUGACAAGAUAUUUGCAGCAUACCAUGAAGCCAGAAGCAACAUCCGCAGUGAUUUGGUUACUGCAGCCAGUUCUGAAAAUGUGAAAGAUGAAUUAAACGGCCUUGAUAAAGCCAUUGGUGCCAUUUUAGGACAGCGAACUAUUGAACGGAACCAGUUAUUGGUUAGCAUAGUGAAAAGUAAGUUCAAUAAGGUCCGAGAUGAUAAAAAUGAAAAAGUGACGAAGCCAGAAGAGCUUGUCCGGCUGUAUGAUCUCUUGAUACAGAACAUAUCUGACCUUUCUGAUUUAGUUAGCUCAGGAAGAGAUAGAAAAGCAGAAGAAGUGGCACUUGCUGAAGAAUGUGAACUGAAGAGUAUGGUUUUCCGGGCACAACGGUGCUUCUACUUGGCCAAAUCAUAUAGUUUUGCCGGAAAGAGGACGGAAGCUUAUGCUUUGUUUUCUCGAGCUCGUUCUUUAGCUGAUGUUGCACUGAAGAGACUUCACAGUGCAAAUAUUUCUGAUCAG